CAGGGGAGGGGUUCGUCCCCGGCCCCGCGCUGCAGACGAAGAGUCUCGCGGCGCCGCCGGAGAGGGUAGGAACGGACAGGCCUGUCGCUCUCUGGGUAGUCUUCUGUGGCCUUCGGAGAUUGACGGGAGCCUGUCGAGGGAGAGUUGCUAUGAUGGAAGUCAAAGGGAAAAAAAAAUUCACAGGAAAGGGUACAAAGGCAUCACAAGAAAAAAGCAGAUUUCAUAAAAAUAAUGAUUCUGUUCCUUCAAAGACAUUCCCAAGGGAAGUUGCUAAGGAAGGUGGACCUAAAAGUGCAUCUAAGAACUUUGAGAAAGGUGCCACAAAACCUGGGAAAAAGGGUGUGAAGCAGUUCAAGAAUAAGCAGCAAGGAGAUAAAGUAUCAAAGAACAAAUUCCAACAAGCAAAUAAAUUCAACAAGAGAAAAUUCCAGCCAGACAGUAAAAGUGAUGAAUCAACAGCCAAGAAACCCAAAUGGGAUGAUUUCAAAAAGAAGAAGAAAGAGCUGAAGCAGAGCAGGCAACUCAGUGAUAAAACCAACUAUGGCAUUGUUGUUCGGGCCAAACAGAUUUGGGAGAUCUUAAGAAGAAAAGACUGUGACAAAGAAAAAAGAGUAAAGUUGAUUAGUGAUUUACAGAAGUUGAUUCAAGGGAAAAUUAAAACAAUUGCAUUUGCACAUGAUUCAACACGUGUCAUCCAGUGUUACAUUCAGUAUGGUAACGAAGAACAGAGAAAAGAGGCUUUUGAAGAAUUGCGAGACAAUUUGGUUGAAUUAAGUAAAGCCAAAUAUUCCAGAAAUAUUGUUAAGAAAUUUCUUAUGUAUGGAAGUAAACCACAGAUUGCAGAGAUCAUCAGAAGUUUCAGAGGGCAAGUGAGGAAGAUGCUGCGGCAUACAGAAGCAUCAUCCAUUGUGGAGUAUGCCUAUAAUGACAAAGCCAUUUUGGAGCAGAGGAACAUGCUGACAGAGGAGCUCUAUGGGAAUACAUUUCAGCUUUACAAGUCUGCAGAUCACCCAACCUUGGAAAAAGUAUUAGAGGUUCAGCCAGAAAAACUAGAGCUUAUUAUGGAUGAAAUGAAACAGAUUCUGACUCCAAUGGCCCAGAAGGAAGCUGUUAUUAAGCACUCCUUGGUUCAUAAAGUAUUCUUGGACUUUUUUACCUAUGCACCCCCAAAACUAAGAUCAGAAAUGAUUGAAGCCAUCCGAGAAGCGGUGGUAUACCUGGCACAUACACAUGAUGGCGCCAGAGUGGCCAUGCACUGCCUCUGGCAUGGCACGCCAAAGGACAGGAAAGUGAUUGUGAAAACAAUGAAAACUUAUGUUGAAAAAGUGGCUAAUGGCCAGUACUCUCAUUUGGUUUUACUGGCAGCAUUUGAUUGUAUUGAUGAUACGAAACUUGUGAAGCAGAUCAUCGUAACAGAAAUUAUCAGUUCAUUGUCUAACAUAGUAAAUGACAAAUAUGGAAGGAAAGUCCUGUUGUAUUUGCUGAGCCCCAGAGACCCUGCACAUACAGUUCGAGAAAUUAUUGACGUUCUACAGAAGGGAGAUGGAAAUGCACACAGCAAGAAAGACACAGAGAUCCGCCGACGAGAGAUCUUAGAAUCCAUUUCCCCUGCCUUGUUAAGCUACCUGCAAGGACACGCCCAAGAGAUGGUGCUAGAUAAGUCUGCCUGUGUGUUGGUGACCACCAUUCUGGGAUCUGCCAUUGGAGACAUUCAGCCUGCCAUGAAUGCCAUCGCCAGCAUGGCAGAGACAGAACUGCAUCCUGGUGGCAGGGAUGGAGAGCUUCAUAUUGCCGAGCAUCCUGCUGGACAUCUAGUUCUGAAGUGGUUAAUAGAGCAAGAUGAAAAGAUGAAAGAAAAUGGAAGAGAAGAUUGUUUUGCAAAAACACUCGUAGAGCAUGUUGGUAUGAAAAACCUGAAAUCCUGGGCUAGUGUGAAUCGAGGUGCCAUUAUUCUUUCUAGUCUUCUCCAGAGUUCUGAUCAAGAAGUUGCAAACAAAGUCAAAGCUGGACUGAAAAGCCUCAUUCCCACAUUGGAAAAAAACAAAAACACCAGCAAAGGAAUAGAAACUCUACUUGAAAAACUGACAGCAUAGGUGGAAAACAGUUACGAACAAGAAGGAAUCAUUUUUCCUGUUCUGUUCUGUUUUCCCAAUGUGGGAAAGAAGAAUUAGAAUCCACCUUUCUGGCAAUUUGGGUUCUCUGUAUAUGUGUUUCUUCUUUGUAUAAGAAUCUGUUUAUAAACUGGUUUUCUAAAAA